AUGAUCGACGCCGAAAAUGUCAUUGACAUAUUAAAUACCGAUAUUCGAACCGCCAUCCCGGAAUCAAUCGUCGCGAAGAUUAUCUCUUUGCCUCCUUUUGUGAUCCUGCCCGGCGUGUCCAAUUUCCGGGAUUUAAGCCAUGAUAACGAACUGCGCCCCGGAUAUGUCUACCGCUCUGGCAAUAUGUCAGACAUUGAAGCGAAGGGGAAGUCAAUCCUGGCGGAGGACCUAGGCAUCACCACCAUAUUCGACCUUCGGAACCAAGGAGAACGGGAGCGGGCUCCCAGCCCAGAGAUUACCGGAAUCGAGACCAUAUGGAUGCCCUACGGCAACAGACCAGCCUCACUGAACCUUCUGGAUUUCUCACAAGAUGAGAGUGCGAAAGGAUUUGUGAAGAUGUAUAUGGGAAUUUUGAAUGCGGCGACGCCUAUAUUCACCGAAGUCUUUAGUCAUAUCAGAGAUGAACCUAACGAUCCUUUUAUUUUCCAUUGUUCAGCUGGAAAAGACCGAACCGGAGUUCUUUCUGCUCUCAUCUUACUCCUUCUCGAACGGCCUCAUGAAGAAAUUAUCAUAGACUACCUCUAUACACGUGUGGGACUGGAGAGUGUGCGCGAGAAUUUGACUCAAGCACUCGCUCUUCAUGCCGGCACCGAUCAUUUAAGUCCCGAGGCGAACGGUAUGCUUGAGCUUAGUGGCGUUCGGGCGUCGGCUAUGGACGCGUUCCUCAAGACGUUCGAGGCCACCUACGACGGCGGCGUCGAAGUAUACUUGAACACCCAGCUUGGCUUCUCUUUUGAGGAUAUUGCGUUGAUGCGCAAGAACCUGAUGCAAUAUUAA